UAGUGUUCGAUCAACGUUAUUACGUAAUUAAACUAUUAAUAAUGCUAGCACGAGGUAUACGAGUGCCCCUUCCGUAACUCCUUACUCCGCACUCUUACCGCAACUCGUUCAGGUCCUGCCCAGUUCGUCCACCCGAGGCCGCGUUUACAAUCAAUCACCAAUAAAACCGAUGCUUCUCUCUGGCUAUCUUCGCUCUUGGCAAUCUGUUGCAUUCAUUUUAGUGUCAUUGCUCUCAUCACUUAUCUCUGUUGACGCAUAUUUUGUAGUGAACCAACCUGGAUCAUCCACAUCUUGGAAGAAUGGUUCUCCUUAUCCGGUUUCAUGGACGCUAGGCCUCCAGGAUGGCUUUGAUACCUUCGAUAUUGAGAUAACGCGGCUGAGUCGGGUUGGGAUUUAUUUUGUGGCAAAAGAACUGCCCAUUACUAUGAGUAGCCUCAAUGUUGUCCUCCAAGACGUACCAGCAGGCGACGACUACUUCCUGAUUUGUAUUAACUCUACCGCUGGUGUCACCUACUCUGUUUCCUCCCGUUUCUCAGUUGUGGACGCUAAUGCCACGGGAAGCAACCCGAGCCCCGCUUCAGCCCCAACAGUGACCGUCAGUGGGGUACCAAACCCUCUCUCAACAUUUGCGCAGACAUUCGGACCUUCCACGAAUGGCGUUGCACGCCCGGGAUGGGCCGGUAUCAGGAACCAGGUCACAGCCAUCAGCGUGGCUGUGGGAGCCGCAUUGAUUGGGGGCGUUAUGGUACUCUACUGAUUUCUUCGAAUUUCAUUACAGACUAUUCUCUUAUAUUCCUGAUUUCGUGGGCGGUCAACAUCGAAAAUUAUCGUAGGCAAUCGACCGGACAUUUUACAUAAAACAUUUCAUUGAGAUAUGCACUUCACUAUAGAACGUUCGUACUAUCCACACUAUCCUUUGCUGUUCACACUAUCCUUGACGGUUCACACUAUAUAUCUUAUCUAGUGAUUUGGAAAUCAUAUGUUCUAUAUGUAUUUGAUAACUGAUAUCGCAUGAUUCCUGCGGCAUCUCAAAAAUACAUCAAGACAUUCGUUGCAAUAUAUCAUACAUCCUAGUACGUAGGCCGAUAUCUACUGUGCAGUCAUUCAUGGCGAAAGUGAUAACACAAAGAUCAUAUAGAUGAUAUCCACCUUAACGCAUC